UUCCUCAAAUCAAACUCUCAAAGCCAUUCAACAAUUUGCUGCUCAAGAGCAAAACAUUAGGAUUCAUCUUUUUGUGUAUUUUUAUGUGUUUAUGUUUAGGGGUGUGUGUGUUUAAAACAGAAGGCCUUUAGAAAUGACAGUCUGAAACACGAGAGAAUUUUGCAAAUUUCUUCAAAAAGAAAUUCAGUGUGCUUUCAUGGAUUAAUACUAUACUUGGUGGCAAAAAACCUACAUGCGAUUCCAGAUGCCUUUAUAUUGCAAUAUUGGGCAGAUCUUUUAUUUCUCAUGGGCCUGUUUCCUUCUAAAUGAAAUCAUCACAGCAGCAGACAUUCUCUGUGUUGUUUGGAGUUGUUGUGAAGGAAAUGUUCUGUGAAAUGCAAAGAGCCACAUUACAUUGAUUUAUUUCUCCUUUGUUUCCAUUAAUGUCAGAAGACCACGAAGACCCAGAGAAAUGCCAAGGCAAAAUAACAGCACCAGAGUAACUGAAUUUAUUCUCCUUGGUCUCACAGAACGUCCUGAACUACAAUAUAUCCUGUUUGUUGUUUUCCUUGCAAUCUAUAUGCUCACCCUAUUAGGAAAUGUUGGAACGAUCAUUUUGAUCAGACUUGAGCCCUGCCUGCAUACUCCCAUGUACUUUUUUCUUACUAACUUGGCUUUUGUAGACGUGUGCUAUUCCUCCAAUGCAACCCCACAGAUGCUGGCUAAUUUCUUAUCAGAAAGGAAGACCAUUUCCUUUGCUGGUUACUGUGUGCAGUGUUACAUUUUCAUUGCUUUACUGCUCACUGAGUUUUACAUGUUGGCUGCCAUGGCCUAUGACCGCUAUGUUGCCAUCUGCAACCCACUACACUACAGUGUGAAGAUGUCCUGGAGAGUCUGUAUCUGCCUGGCCACCUUCCCCUCCAUCUGUGGCUUCUCUGACGGGCUUCUCCAAUCCAUCCUGACAUUCCAUUUGUCCUUCUGUAGAUCCAACGUCAUCAAUCACUUCUACUGUGCUGACCCUCCUCUCAUCAAGCUGUCAUGCUCUGAUCCCUAUGUCAAAGAACAUGCCAUGAUCAUCUCGGCUGGGUUCAACCUCUCCGUCUCGCUGAUCAUCAUUCUCAUCUCCUGUGCCUUCAUCUUGGCAACCAUUCUCUGCAUUCGCUCUGCUGAGGGAAGGAAGAAGGCAUUCUCCACCUGUGGUUCUCACAUGACGGCUGUUACUUUGUUUUAUGGUACUCUCUUCUAUGUGUAUGUGAGAACAGCCACUGAUAAAAGCGUUGAGGAAUCCAAACUCAUAGCUGUGUCCUACACUUUUGUGAGUCCUGCGCUCAGCCCACUCAUGUAUAGUCUGAGAAACAGGGAUGUGAAAGCAGCUCUGAGGAAGGUGCUCAGGAGGAAUCAACUGAAGACGAUGGCUUCAAAUGCAUCACAGACCCUACUUAUUUCAGUCAAAUGGCCCUGUGGUCGGAUACAUUGAAUGAGUAAUGUGUC